AUGAUCAUCGACUUCGUCUGGCCAGAUCGUCCUACCCUCGUCGCCUGUGCGCUCACCUGCCGCGCUUGGACGCCAAAGAGUCGUCGGAACCUCUUCUACAGCCUCGAUUUCCACAGCACCAAGCAGCUGACGCGACUGUCGCGCCUGCUCAAAGCGCGGCCCAACCUCGUAAAUCUUGUCAAGCAGCUGAGCGUCGCCCCAGAUGCUGCACAUCUCAACCUUGCGAGCGCGUUUCCAUUCCCGCUCGCGCGCAAGCUCACCCGAGUCGAACACCUCCGUGUCUUCGGCAUAUCGCGCAACUUCCCAUGCCUCGACCCGAGCUUCACCGCCGCGCUCCACGAGUUCAAGUCCAUCACCCGUCUAGAGAUCACCCGCACCAUAUUCCCCUCGCUUGUGGUCUUUGGUCGCCUUUUGUUUGCGCUGCCCAACCUGUCCGUUCUGAUAUGUGCCAGCGUGAGAUGGACCAAGGCGGAGUACAAGGCAUCGAUGAUCCCGCCGAUGGCAGUGCCGCUGAAGCUCAUAUGCAUGUCUAUGUCCUUUGCAUACUGGUCCACCGAUCUGGUGGACUGGCUACUCGCGGUCGUCAGCCACGAAAGUCUGCGCGCUAUUAACCUGCGUCGCAUCUGGAUGAAGGAUAUGAAAAUCAUCGAGAAGAUUCUGUCGACUGUCGGUCCCUCCCUUCGCCAUCUGGUGAUCGGCUGCGAUAUACUCAAGGCGGACGAAGAAAUUCACUAUCCCAGCCUUGAGCGCAACACCCGCCUCCGGGUAAUUCACCUGGAAUUCCGGGCGAAGGGCGAAUGGAUCCCUGAGAUGCUCUCUCGCGUGCCGUUCGCUGACCUGUGUCAAGUGAACAUCAUGUGCGCAGGCAAGAUUGCGAGCACCGACCUGGAUCGCAUAGAAUGCACCCGCAUCGACGGACUGCUGUCCCACAAGAAGUUCGCCAAGCUCGAGGCAGUCGUGUUUCAGUAUCAUAAUUACGUGGCGACGGGAUGGAUCGCUUGGUGGCAGGUAGAGAUCCCGCGUCGCUUUCCCCGGCUCUGGUCCAAGGGCCUGGUACGAUUCGAACCCUGGCGCCGUGACUGGUGGGAGGUUUCAGCGGCACUGCCAUAA